UGCUCAUUUGAGAAUUUGUCUAGAUUGUGCCUAAUGUCUGUUGCUUUACAAUGAGGUUAGAACUACUUUGUAUGUCCAUAUAAAUAGCAGUUGCUAUUAAUAUGUUUUUCUGACACUGUCAGUUAGAAUAAACUUCAUCCCUCCCAACUGUGUUUGAAAACUGACAUUAUCCAAUCAGGGACCCCUUUCACCCAAGUGUAUCAAUUUGUCACACGUUUUCUAUACCUCCUCCUCCUUCCUCCACUUUCAAAACUCUCACUCAUGUUUGCAUGACUCAACCACUGACUUGGUUUCAGCUUUCGGAAUGAUGAGCAAGCUGGACAGAGUGUUGCUGACGCAGAGGAAGUUUAUUUACCACUAUAAGAAUGUACGCUGGGCUCGUGGGAGAAACGAGACCUACCUCUGUUUUGUGGUCAAGAAACGCAACAGUCCCAAUUCGCUCUCCUUCGAUUUUGGACACCUGCGCAAUCGCUCUGGAUGCCACGUGGAGCUUCUCUUCCUGAGCUAUCUUGGGGUACUAUGCCCGGGUUUCUUAGGUUCCGGUGUGGAUGGUGUCAGGGUGGCAUAUGCCAUCACCUGGUUUUGUUCCUGGUCACCCUGUUCAAACUGUGCCCAUCGCCUUUCUCGCUUCAUGUCACAAAUGCCCAACCUGCGGCUGCGCAUUUUUGUCUCACGUCUCUACUUCUGUGACAAGGAGGACAGCCAAGAAAGAGAGGGACUCCGGUGCUUGCAGAGUGCAGGCGUGCAGGUGUCCGUCAUGACCUACAAAGAUUUUUUCUACUGUUGGCAAACCUUUGUCGCUUGUAAAGAAAGGGCUUUUAAGGCUUGGGACGGCCUUCACGAGAACUCUAUCAGGCUGUCCCGGAAACUACAGAGGAUCCUGCAGCCUAGUGAGACUGAAGACCUGAGGGAUGGCUUUGCUCUGCUGGGCCUCUGAUGACAUGACAGUUUACACGACAAUGAAUUAUGGUGCUGUAAAAACAAAAUUCCUGAGACUUGAAUCACUGAAACAUU